AUGCUACAAGUUGAUCAAAAAAGUAAACACAAAACCUAUAUUCGAUGUGGUUUAAAAGAUGUACAAACCAGAAUUCGCAAAGGCGAAAGUGGCUUGGUAAUUUUUGCUGGAGACGUUAGUCCUCUAGAGAUUAUGUGCCAUUUGCCUGGCGUAUGUGAAGACAAAGACAUUCCCUAUGUGUACACACCUAGUCGUAAAGAUUUAGGGGCUGCUCUUGGUGUGAAAAGAGGUUGUUUGACAGUUCUGAUAAGAUCCCAUAGUGAAUAUGAAGACACUUUUAAUGAAUUGAAGGCAGAAUUGAAAACCUUAGCUGUAACAUUAUAG